UGUCAGGGAUCGUGAUGUCUGUCAGUGUUAUUUCUGAAGGCUGAAGUUUCUUUCAUUAAUUUGUUCUAAUAAUAAUUACGAUCGUAGAUUGACUGAUAUUGUUUUCCUUUAGCAGUUUAAUUAACUAGCAUUUAGGGAGUGAGUGUUAGAGUCAGUUGUUGUUGUCAAGUGUUUAUAUGUAAGAAAUAAUCGUAGUUUUACGGAUCACCCUGCAAUGACUACAUUGCUUUCUUGUUAUCAGACAUUUAUUGGUACUUCACUGUAGCUCAAUGUAUACAAAGACUAAGAAGAUAUAGAAGGAUUUUCGCUCAGUUACAAUCACCAUGUGCAAUCCAAUUUUGGAAGAGUUUUACUUUGAAACUAUCCAAUAGACUCAAUCAUUAUGCUCUAUAAGAUUGACUUGGUGGUGUUGGCGUCGUGGCUAACCUGCGUCACAGCUGACAUCACUGUUUACACAAGGUCAACACAUAGACAGUUGGAUGUGGAGUUCCGUGAUGUUCCAGCCAGGUUUGGGAUGUCCAUACCCCCAGAAGGACUUAGGGCAUUCCUAGUGUACGCAGACCCACCUGAUGCCUGUUCUAACAUGACUCGAGCCAAUCUCUCAAUACCUAACUUUACCGGCCGCUGGGCUGUUCUUAUCAAGCGGUAUGGCUGCCUUUUUGAGGACAAGGUGCGAAACGCACAGGCCGCCAACUUCGACAUUGCAAUCAUACACAAUGUCAACUCCAGCGAACUAGAACCAAUGUCAGCGAACAACCCAAUUGGAAUUCAUAUUGCAGCUGUGUUUGUCAGUGAACAAACUGGUCUAGUACUCAAAGACAACUACAUUUACAAUGAAGGAUACUACAUAAUUGUGGAUGACGACUCACCGUUUGAUAUCAAUACUCACCUUUUGUAUCCGUUCGCCGUUGUUGUGGGCCUCUGUUUCUGCACCAUGCUCGGCUUCAUGGUUAGUAUGGUAGUGAAGUGUAUCAAAGACUACCGCAGAGCCAGAAGACACAGGUUACCUGCCUCCUCCCUACGUAAGAUACCCAUCGCCAAAUUCCGCAAGGGAGAUCCUUACGAGACUUGCGCCAUCUGUCUGGAUGAUUUCAUCGAGAAGGAAGAGCUGAGAAUUCUACCAUGCUCACACGCAUAUCACACCAAAUGCAUAGAUCCGUGGCUGACCCGGAAUCGCCGUGUGUGUCCGGUGUGCAAGCGCAAGGUAUUUGCUGCAGACGAGGCGCGGCCCACUGCCUCGGACAGUGACAGCGACAGUGAGGUUGAUGACAGAACACCUCUCGUACGAGCCAACAACACGUCUACCCAGGGCGGCACCUUCUCCAACUCCUUCCUGAGUAACACAUUGAGGCCAUUGAUCAGUGGACGAAGAUCAGCGUCAGAAGUCUAUAACACAGAUGCAGGACCAUCCAAUGCCGCUCCUUCCAUACAACAGCCAGGAGAGGUUCAAGCAGUAGCGGAAGUGAACCCUGAGGUCCAUGUGUCCACAUCUAGGGUAGAAGGCCCCAACCCUUUUGCCGACAUGAAUAUUUAGUCUAUGAGGUUGUCAUUUGGCUACGCCGCUCGCACUAACGCCGUGUGAAAUACUUGUUCCUGGUGUAAAGUUGGUGUGGAGGACUCGAUCCAUGAAAGACUCGUUCUUUUGUCAAGCUGGUGUUAAUGACUCAUUCUCUAGUGACUAUAGAGUUUUAUCCAUGCAACGCAUCUAUUCAUUGUACAUACGAGCUAGUAUUAACCUACUUUAAGUCAUAUUUUAACUCAGAUCUGCGUUGUUGACUGUACAUCAGAUUAUUUAGCUUUAUACAAUUUUGUUAAAUAUUCAUUACAUUAUUUUAUUGUAAACAUAAUUGCAAUGUUGUUUAGUAGAUUUAUUUCCUUUUAUAAAUAUGCAGCUCACAUUAGUAAAUUGAGUUAGAUUCAGUUUUAGAAAUUCAAUUUGUUAUUAGUUUAGAUAAUGAUCAAUGAAAUAUUAGGCUUUUAGUUAGUAUAAAAUAAUCUUCACAUAGUAAAACAGUAGUUUGAGAUUAAAUUGAAAUUCAAAAUGUGUACAAGUUUAGAUGUGUCACAACUUUUUGUAGCUAUUUACAAUGAUAAAGUGUUAACACUAAUGUGGUGUCCUUGAUAGAACUAAAUUAAAAGUCUCAGGGAAUUUUAAUGUUUUUUUUAACCUCAUCCAUCUUUAAGAUUUGAUUAAAUACUCCGGAUCACGAGUGUUCAUAAUUUUAAUAGUUUUGGUGAAAUUGUCGCUUAAGGAGUGUUUUUAAAAAUUUAAACUGGCUUUAUACCUUUUUAUUGUGGAUUUCAAAUUUUAAUGUUGGAAGUUAAAGUUUACUAUUAUUUGUAAAUACUAAAUAUUAGUUAUUUUAAAUACACAACUAAACACAUUUUUCAAUUAUACAAUGCUUUCUUAUUUUAUCCACUAAAUAUAUUAGGAAAGAACAUGUUGUAUAAGAUUAUUUGAUUGUAAAACUCAUGUUGUAUAAAAAAAAUUACCUACAUUUGAUCAUAGAUAAAAAAAGUUUACGAAAGCAAAACUAUAAAUAAUGCAACCCUACGAUAGCAAAAUUAAUCUACAUAAAGUUACAUGAUAAAUGUCUCAUCUUUACCAGUAUGACACAUUGUUCCACUUUAAAGAUGACCAACACUCUUUAUUUUAUACAAAACAAACCAAAUACACAUGCAAAUUGUAUAUAUUGUAUUUAUUGUUUUAUGUUUAUUCCACUUUACUGCUGUUAUCUGUAUUAUGGCUGUAAUUGUUUUAUGUGAUAGUAAAUAUUUUUACUGAUUCUUA